AUGAUCUACUUAAAUUUUAUUCAACUAAUUAAAGAAAAUCUUUCUGUUGGAAACCCCACUGCUAUUUUUAUCUCUUUUACAUUAAUUACCCUAUCAAUUGUAUUUCCUUUUAUAUGUUAUGUUGAGCUAACAAAGAAGAAGGUUAAAAAACAAAAUAAAAAAAAGGUAAAUAAUAAUCAAAAAAGUAAAAAAGAACCUCAGCAAGUCACACAACAAAAUUCGAAAUUAAAUAGAAAAAAAAUUACAUCAAAACCAUUUAUUCCACCUCUGGAUACUGAAGAAAGUGAGGAUGAACAAAAGAAAAUUUCCGAAAAAAAUGAACAAUUUGUCCCAUCAACUAAACAUAUACAGGGUUUAUCAUUUGAAAUGGAUAAAAACGAUUCCGGAGGAUGGAAGGUAGUCGGAGAUAAAAAAUCAAAAAGAUCACACACCGAAGUAUCAUUGACAAGCAUAGGAAGUGAAGAAACUGAUGAAAGUUCAAUUAAACCAAAGAGCAAACAAGUUAGACGUAGAAAGCCAAUAAAUAAAGUCCCGGGUAUGACAGAUUGA